AUGUCGUCUGUAAAAGGUAGUAAAGUUUAUAUCACUAGACGUGUUCCUUCUGGUGGAAUCAAAUUGUUAGAAGAAGCUGGAUGUCAGCUGAAACAAUGGGCACACGAUGACGCUGUCCCCAGCGAUGAAUUACUCAAGGGAGUCUCUGGAGUAGAUGCUAUUUUCUGUUUGCUCUCUGAUAAAAUUGACAAAGCUGUCUUGGAUGCUGCCGGUUCACAACUAAAGGUUGUUGCUACUCUUUCUGUAGGCUUUGACCAUAUUGAUAUUGAGGAGUGUCAUCGACGUAACAUUCUGAUUGGUUACACACCUGAAGUCUUGACUAUGGCCACAGCUGAAUUGGCAGUAGCCUUACUUUUGGCCACUUCAAGGAAUAUACCAAAUGCAAUUAAUGCUGUCCGGAAUGGUGAAUGGGGCACAUGGAAACCUCUAUGGCUGUGUGGAGCUGGAUUGGAUGGUUCCACUGUUGGCAUUGUUGGUAUGGGACGAAUUGGAAAUGCAAUUGCGGGAAUGUUAAAACCUUUUGGGGUUUCUCAGUUCCUUUACACUAACAGAAGUGGCCCACGAGAAACAAAGGUUCCAGCUAAGCACGUAGACUUACCCACUUUACUUAAGGAAUCGGACUUUGUCAUUGCUUCUUGUGCUUUAUCACCAGAAACCAAAGGAAUGUUCAAUGCUUCUGCAUUCUCUCAGAUGAAGAAAACUGCCAUAUUUUUACCGCCGCUGGCUAGCAGAAAUGCGAAAAGUGGAGUCGAAUGCGUAAGUCUUCCCCUGCCAGUAUAUAGCCUCUCCAUCAGCAAGCCCUAUGUAGUGCCUCCUUGUAGCGACACAUGCCAACCGAGCACCUUGCGGAUUCUGGCUAAACUACAGCAGACGGAGUAG